AUGGACGUACUGCGGACCCGGUUGCUGGGCAUAACUGUGGCCGUGGCGCAUGGCGUGUUUUCGGGAUCUCUCAACAUCCUGCUGAAGUUUCUCAUCAGCAAGUACCACUUCGGCUUCCUGACGCUCAUCCAGUGCCUGACGAGCAGCACCGCGGCGCUCACACUGGCGGUGCUGCGGAGAACUGGGAAAGUAUCCGUUCCACCGUUCACCUUUCAACUAUGUAAGGAUUUUGCUCCACUCUGCAUUCUCUCCACCCUUCAGUCCACCCUGACGCUCUGGUCUCUCCGCGGCCUCAGUUUGCCCAUGUACGUGGUGUUCAAACGCUGCCUGCCCCUCUUCACGCUCAGUAUCGGGGUCUGCGUGCUCAGAAAUGGCAUUCCAUCAAUAGGAGUGGUGGUCGCUGUUUUCAUCACCACUGGAGGAGCUGCACUUGCCGGUGCCGGUGAUUUGACUGGGGACCCGUUUGGAUACGUCACUGGAGUCUUGGCUGUGAUAAUCCAUGCCUCGUACCUGGUCCUGAUCCAGAAGACCAGCCUGGAGAGUGAGUUUGGGCCCCUGACCGCACAGUACGCCAUCGCCUGCACCGCUUCCCCGGUGCUGUUUGUCUGUGCCCUCAUCUCUCUGGACGCUGUGCACAUGUGGACCUACGAGGGUUGGAAGGACCCUCACGUCACCUGCAUCUUCAUCCUCUGCAUCUUCAUCGGCUGUGCCAUGAACUUCACCACUCUGCACUGCACCUACAUCAACUCCGCCGUCACCACCAGCUUCGUGGGCGUGGUCAAAAGCAUCGCCACCAUCACCGUGGGCAUGCUAGCUUUCAGCGACGUCGCACCCACCAAACUAUUCAUCGGAGGUGUGGUGGUCAACACGGUCGGCUCCAUAAUCUAUUGCAUCGUCAAGUAUUUUGAAACUAAGAAAAAAAGUGCUUACGAGGAUUUGGAGGGCGAAGGCAAAGAGGACGGACUUCCCGGAGAGCCGUACAGCGAGAAACCGCAGCUAAACGGCAACGCUAACGGAGCUAAUUUAGACGCAGAAGGAGAAUUUUCCAGUAGCAACGUAGCUAACGGAGAAGUGUUGACUACAGAUGUUGAAGGUGGCCCGAAUUCAAAAGUUAUGACGGAGACAGAAAUGCUGGAAAUGCAAAGGGAACAUCUGCAUAGAGAAAACGCAGCCCCGAGCAGCCAAUCAACGAGCGAUAGCUAUUUGGGCGUUUGGAGAUCCGUAAAGAAUUUUCAGUUCAUGAAAAAAGACACACUCCUUGACAACAUGGAGCAGCAAAGUCCAUGA